AUAGUGACACUCGCGGCCAAACAGCGCGCGAUCAUUCAUUCGAGAUACACAUUUGGAUUUGUUUGAGAAGUUAUUUUUUAAUUGCUAAACACUGCUAAAACAACGUAUUUUCUAAUCUCGAUUGUGUAAAAUGUAGGCAUGGGAAGUUUUUGUACUUUUUUCUUGAAUUUCUACUCCUUACUCACGUUGGGUUGAAUUGGGCUAAAAUAAUCACAAAAAGGAGGACCAGCAUAGGAGGUGGACCAGCAUAGGGGGUGGACCAGCGAGUUGAUAAAGGGAAGCAAUGUUUAAUGGUAUGUGAGUGAGAGGUUAAGGGCGGAGAGAGGUGAUAGUGAAUAGGGCUGCGCGCUCAAGCGGGAGUGCGCGCGGACAGCAAAUCGGUCGGAGACUGGAGUCGCAAGGAUGGAGAUACGACCAGAUAGGUUUAAAAUCGUCGCGGGCCAGACCCUCGGAAAAUUACACAAAAUCCUAGAGAAGCGGCAGGAAAAUGGCGAGACCAUCGAGCUCACCGAUGAGGGCCAGGCAGUUAUCGUGGAGGAGAAGGAGAUGCCCGUGGUGGACUGCACCUGCUUCGGCCUGCCACGGCGCUAUAUCAUCGCCAUCCUUUCCGGCCUGGGCUUCUGCAUCUCUUUUGGCAUCCGAUGCAACUUGGGCGUGGCCAUCGUCAGCAUGGUCAACAACCAAACCAUCUACAAGGGCGACAAACCAAUCCUUGUGAAAGCUCAGUUCAACUGGGAACCAGAAACGGUUGGAAUGAUCCAUGGGUCAUUUUUCUGGGGAUACAUAGUAACCCAAAUACCCGGGGGAUUCAUCUGUCAAAAAUUUGCAGCCAACAGAGUCUUUGGCUUUGCCAUAGUGGCCACCUCAUGCCUGAAUAUGUUGAUCCCUUCGGCAGCACGAACUCACAUUGCCUGUGUUAUCCUUGUCAGGAUAUGUCAAGGACUCGUGGAGGGUGUUUCAUACCCAGCGUGCCAUGGUAUCUGGGCAAAAUGGGCCCCACCUCUUGAAAGAAGUCGAUUGGCCACGACAGCCUUUUGUGGGUCCUAUGCAGGAGCCGUGAUAGCCAUGCCACUGGCUGGAGUACUAGUCCAGUAUUCAGGGUGGUCAUCUGUUUUCUAUGUCUAUGGCAGCUUUGGGAUCUUCUGGUAUCUCUUUUGGAUCCUGGUGUCGUACGAGAGCCCGGCAGCCCACCCCACCAUCACAGAACAGGAGCGGAAAUACAUUGAGGAGGCUAUUGGAAUGUCAGCCGCUAACUCUACACCUGUUACGAAAUGGAACACGCCUUGGAGAGCCUUUUUCACUUCGAUGCCAGUCUACGCCAUCAUCGUGGCCAAUUUCUGUAGAAGCUGGACCUUCUACUUGCUCCUCAUCAGCCAACCUGCAUACUUUGAAGAAGUGUUUGGGUUUGAGAUCAGCAAGGUGGGCUUGGUGUCGGCUCUCCCCCAUCUGGUGAUGACCAUCAUCGUGCCGAUCGGUGGCCAGCUGGCUGACUACCUGCGCACAAACAACAUCAUGAGCACCACCAACGUCCGGAAGAUGAUGAACUGCGGAGGUUUCGGAAUGGAAGCCACCCUGCUGCUAGUGGUCGGGUUUUCUCAUACGAAAGUUGUGGCUAUCACCUUUUUGGUUCUGGCUGUGGGCUUCAGUGGGUUCGCUAUUUCAGGCUUCAAUGUGAACCACCUGGACAUUGCUCCCCGCUAUGCCAGUAUCCUCAUGGGCAUCUCCAACGGGGUGGGCACUCUGUCUGGCAUGGUGUGCCCACUCAUUGUUGGUGCCAUGACCAAACACAAGACGCGGGAAGAGUGGCAGUAUGUGUUUCUCAUUGCUGCACUCGUUCAUUACGGGGGUGUUAUAUUCUACGGACUUUUUGCCUCCGGAGAAAAGCAGUGGUGGGCAGAGCCCGAGCAACUUAGCGAUGAGAAGUGUGGAAUUCUGGGUGAGGAUGAGCUGGCCAAUGAGACAGAGGAGUUGUACCGUACUAGUGGAGAAGGAGGCUACGGAGCAACGAUCCAAGCUCAAGAUCCCAACGGAGGAGGAGGAGGCGCAGGAACCUGGGUCUCGGACUGGGAUAAGACUGAGGAGUUAGUACAACCACCAGGAACCAAUAGCUACCUAUACGGAGGAGAGGAAGACAGGGAGCUAACAUAGAGGGACUUACAGGUAGGAGUUACAGAGUGGGGUAGCAGACAGAAAGAGUAGACGGUUUCCUUUUGGCACAGGAACUUGGAAA